UGUCACACCUCUACUUCCAAGUUUACUCCAGCAGCCAGCAAGGACCCUCACCUACUGCAGCCUGCGGAAAGGAAAGAGGAAAAGUGUGAAAUCUGUGGUCAAAAGGUUCCUCCGGCUGCACAACGGCCUUUGGGUGAGGAGAAAGUCUGGUUAUAAGAAGAAGCUGUGGAAGAAGUCAGCUGCCAGGAAGAAGCGUUUGAGGGAGUUGGUGCUGUGCACCAGGACACAGUGUAAGCUCCUGGAUAAAAUGACCACCUCCUUCUGGAAAAGGAGGACCUGGUACGUUGAUGACCCCUACCAGAAGUACCACGACCGCACAAACCUUCGUGUGUAGAAAUCUGGGGUUUGCACAUCUCUGGUUGUGUGGCAUGCUCUGGGUUUUGGAACAUGUAUCUGUAAUGCCUGUACUUUUUAAAAUAAAAAUCUGAGCAGAAUUAUGGGAAUCAAUGCCCACAAUAAAGGAAUA